AUGGCCACGACGAUGAUUCCCUCCCGCACACGGCUCAUGAACCUUACAGUUCUCCUAUUCGGAUUAUUACACCUGAGCCUUAUCCAUUCGUACCCAUACGACCCCGCUUUCUCUGAUUACAACAUAAAUAUCAACUCGAGUGCUGGAAAUAACAUACUAGAUUAUUACUCUGAUUGGCCGGAAAAAUCCCAUAAUGGAAGUCGAUAUACCCCCAGCCCAGCUAACUGGAGGGAGCUGCCAAUCUAUACCGUGAUUCUCGAUAGGUUUAUGGAUGGGAACCCAUCGAACAAUGACUUUUACAAGAGCCGUUCUGAAUGGGACUUCCUAUCUAAUCAAUUGAGGCAUGGUGGUGACAUAGAAGGAUUUGCUCAAGACAGAGUGCUGGACUACAUAUAUGGGAUGGGUUAUCGAACGAUCUAUAUCGCUGGUACUCCUUGGUUGAACAUGCCGUGGCAGUCUGAUGGAUAUUCCGCAUUGGAUUUCACCCUCUUGGAUCCUCAUUUCGGCACUUUGUCUGAAUGGCGCGCGGCUAUAGAUAAAAUCCAUUCGAAAGGCAUGUAUGUCAUGCUUGAUACCACGACCACCACCUUGUCAGAUUUCCUCGAGUUCAAGGGAAACUCUGGCAAAGCUGCGCCAUUCAACCUACAUGGAUAUGAGGUUGAAUACAAAACGACCGUCCAGAAGCCGUGGAAUAUCAAUCAGUACGCCGAAUUCCAGUUCACGAACAGUCGAGACCAGAGCUGUCGACUGCCCAAGUUCUACAAUCCGAACGGCACCGAUGUCCUUCCUCCUGCGGACUGGGAUGGAUGUUACGCUGGUGAUUUCAACCAAUUCGGCGAUUCGUCUCCCGCUGGAAAAGCACCUGGCUGGCAGGAUCAGUUGACCAAGUAUUCAGGCGUGCAAGACCGUUUGCGCGAUUGGGAUAGCGGUGUGGCCGCCAAGUUGGAAAAGCUUGCAUGUAUGACUGUCAAAGCCCUCGAUAUGGACGCGCUACGUGUGGAUAAGGCUACCCAACAAACGCUUGAAUUCAUGGGAAAGUGGGGCGGAGCUCUGCGGACUUGCGCUAAAGAUUUGGGCAAAAACAACUUUUUUAUCACUGGUGAAAUUUCCGACGGUAAUACUUUCGGAUCGCUUUACAUUGGCCGUGGCCGGCAACCAGCGCAUUAUGCCAAUCUGCAAUUUGAUACAGCCGCCCUGGUCACCGCAAACCAGACCGAAAACUUCAUGCGUCCUGUCGGUGAAAACGCGUUGGAUUCGGCUGCUUUUCAUUAUUCAAUCUAUAGAUCUUUGACCCGAUUUUUGGGUAUGGAUGGUGAACUUGAUUCUCCAUACGAUAUACCGGUGAAUUGGGUUGAAGCAUGGAGAGAAAUAUUCGUGACCAAUGAUCUACUCAAUCAGGAAACUCAGCAGCUCGAUCCCCGGCACCUUUACGGUACGACCAACCAAGAUAACUUCAGAUGGGCCUCGUUAAUAAAUGGAACGGAGAGGUUUCUCUUGGGCCAAUUGGUGACAAACUUGAUUAUGCCUGGUAUCCCUUUCGCCUUUUACGGCGAAGAACAAGACUUGCACAUAUUUGACUCCCAAGCAAACGAUUAUCUCUACGGACGGCAGCCGAUGUCUUCGAGUAAGGCUUGGCAAGCCCAUGGAUGCUACAAACUCGGAUCCAAAAAGUAUCCCACGAUGCCGCUUGGCAAGGCGCUGAAUGGAUGUAAAGAUGAUUGGAACAGCUUAGACCACUAUGAUCCCACCUCCAAUACUCGCAACAUGCUCGGACAUUUUGCAUAUCUUCGCUCACAAUAUUCCUCCCUUCAAGAUGGAUUCAACCUGACCCAGCUUGGAAAUUGGACAACUUUUGGCGAGCUUCCUGCGUCCAGCCAUACGCCCACGGAGUGGGGCUUGUGGAGCGUAAGCCGAAGCCCGUUAAAAUCUCAGAAACUUUCCGGCCCCAAUCCCGAGUUGCCAGUCUGGAUACUAUACAGCAAUGUCAAUCAAACGACAACAUUUUCUUAUGAUUGCGCAUCUAAACUGGCCAUCACGUCUCCAUACCCCGCUCCAUCAACUGUCCGAAACCUGUUCUACCCUUACGAAACUUAUGAUCUGGACCCAUCGUCCACUUCUUCAACUUGGGAUGAGGCGCCACCCUUCCUCGGGUGUCUCAAGUCUAUUACGAUGGAACCACUCAGUUACAAAGCUCUGGUACCUGCUUCGAACUGGACUCCCCCUCAGCCUCGCUUGGUUGGCUUCACUCCCGGCCACGAUGCUCGAAUUCUAUCUCAGGCGGAUAAUGAUAACGAAACAAUUCCGAUCAACUUUUCAUUUUCUGACGAGCUUUUAUGUGAAGGGGUUUCCUCCUCCCUCUCCUUAAGCUAUACAAUUGAUCCUAAUUCAAAAGCUUCUCCGCGAAUCGACUUGGAGCAUGCCAAUUGCUCAAAAAUCGAAUCUUCAUCAAAUUCUACGCAAAAUGCACUCCCUGCUGUGUGGCAAUGGUCCGCCAGUAUCGUCGGUGCAGCCGAUGGCAUUUAUGAGCUGGUCCUGAACAAUGCGACUGGACAAAAUGGAAUCCACACCAACAGCAUCGAUCACUUACUUUUAAGGAAAGGACGAAAACAAAAUCCAAUUACCUUUUCUGAUGUGUCUUACCCUGAAAGUCUCCUGGAGAGUAAAGAUGGGAAAUAUACACUUCGCUCCGACGCGCCUGGUGCCGACCUGAUGAGAUAUUCAAUCGACUUCGGCAAGACUUACUCCAAUUGGACACGAUACUCUAGUGAAUUGACUCUUCCAGAUAAUGCAUUUAGCAUUUCGAAAUUUUGGGAGGGUGAUCACGUUCGAGUUCAAUAUUGGUCACGCCUGGCUGGUUCCGCGGCGGCAGCAAUUGAUGCGGAUAUCAAUUUCGCCGGUGGAUACAAGCGCAAGUUCCCUCAGCUCAUCCUCAGAGGGGCAUAUAACAAGUGGGGUUUCGAUGAGGGUAUUCCGGGACUGCUCUCCCCUCGCAGUGAGAAUAUGACGAUUGAUGUCAUUACCAGCUGGCCUCAUGAGUUUCAACUUGCGGUCUUUGAAGCGCGGGAAAAGGUUUUCUAUGGCGACGUGGAUAAUGACGGCGUGUUGGACCUUCUCCCACCCAAUUCUCAGGCUCGAAACUUCUUGUCUUUACCCCCUCCAUCCAAGCCCUAUUUGGGUUGGCGGAUCAUGAUCAAUCCAAAAGACCUAACAUGGGGAGCGCAGCCAGUUGGUCAUCAGAAAAUAGUCAUAAUGCUUCUCAUCCUAUUUCUUUUCAUUCCCCCGACUACGGCCCUGUUGGCGUGCUGGUUAUACCAACGAAUCUUUUAUAAAGUUAAACACAAUCAAUACGGCUUCCAAACAGCUGGCCUGAAUUCCUUUCUACCUAUUCAGCACCUCCCCAAAUCAAUGCGAAAUUCGCGGAUACCUUCGACACUGAAACAUGUGAUCACGCCGCAUUUUGGCUCAAACGCAGAAAAAUCGCAAGCUAGCUUCGCCAACACAUGGCCUGACAACGCAGGUUCUCGCAGAAAAGUGCUGAUUGCCACGUUGGAAUAUGAAAUCAUCGAUUGGGGAAUCAAAGUCAAAAUUGGGGGGUUGGGAGUUAUGACUUCGUUGAUGGGAAAGGUGAUGGAAGAUUUAGAUCUUUUAUGGGUGAUACCUAAAGUCAGCGGUCUGGAAUACCCUGAAGCCGAGCGUGCCGAACCCAUCGCAGUCGUUGUAUUUGGGGAAACCUAUCUGGUUGAGCUGCAAAUUCACAAGUUCAAAAAUAUCACUUACUUCUUACUCGACUCUCCGAUCUUUCGCGCUAACUCGAAGAUAAAUCCAUACCCCGCUCGAAUGGACGACUUGGACUCUGCGAUCUUUUAUUCCUACUGGAACCAAAGUAUUGCAGAAAUCUGUCGGAGGACUCCUGACUUGACGAUUUACCACAUCAACGACUACCAUGGAGCGCUCGCCCCUUUGUACCUCUUGCCGAAGAUCAUACCCGUUUCACUUUCCUUGCACAAUGCCGAGUUUCAAGGUCAAUGGCCUUUGGGAACGCCGGAGGAAGAAAAUGAAGUCUGUCGAUCAUUUAACAUAUCUAGCAAGGUGUGCUCCAAGUAUGCGCGCUAUGGAAGUGUUUUCAAUCUACUCCAUUCGGCAGCAAGCUAUAUCAGUCAUCACCAAAAUAGUGUUGGUGUCGCAGGAGUCAGCGAGAAGUACGGGAAGCGUAGCUGGGCUCGCUAUCCUGUCCUCUGGACUCUCAAAAGCAUUGAACCUCUUCCGAAUCCAGAUCCAACCGAUGUCGAAUCAUUGGAUGUGACCCCACCUGAUAUGCGAAGGAUACAGAUCGACCAAGAAGCUGAAGCGGAGAGGCCUGGCAAUAAGCUCAAGCUGCAAGAGUGGGCGGGCUUGCACGAAGACCCAAAAGCACAAGUUUUUGUUUUCGUAGGACGCUGGUCUUUCCAAAAAGGAGUUGAUUUGAUAGCGGAUGUGUUCCCUCUCUUUCUAGAAAAACAUAAGGACGUUCAACUCGUAGCCAUUGGACCGGUGAUAGAUCUCUAUGGUAAAUUGGCAGCCUUGAAGCUAAACCGCUUGAUGGAAAGUUACCCCGGCCGAGUCUAUUCGAAGCCGGAGUUCACAGCUUUACCUGAUUUCGUAUUUUCGGGAGGUGAUUUCGCUCUGAUACCCAGCAGGGAUGAGCCUUUUGGAUUGGUAGCGGUCGAAUUCGGGCGUAAGGGUGCAUUGGGAGUUGGAAGCCGCUUGGGAGGCUUAGGAUUGAUGCCCGGUUGGUGGUUCCCUGUGGAGAGUGAUAGCACUGCCCAUCUCCAUUCGCAAUUUGCCAAGACACUUAGAGCGGCACUGGAAUGCCCCGAGGAGGAACGCGCCGUACUUCGAGCACGUAGCGUCCAUCAGCGGUUUCCAGUUCUUGAAUGGAGGAUUAAAAUGGAGGACAUCCAUGCCCGUUCGGUCAGGGCAUCUCGCAAGUAUGCAGGAAGGCUAACGAUGAACACAAAUCCAACCGAAGUAAUCAAAUCCGACGAGUCUUCAUCCGUAUCCCAUGACCAAGGGAAGCCUGUUCAAGUACACCCUCCUUCCUCCGAAUCAAACAAGACUGGAGUAAUAUGCACCCCUUCAACGAAAAAUCCAACCAAUACUUUCGGGUCACAAUUGAAUCAUACGCGACCUUCCUUGGACGUUUCUCGAAUGCUUUCAUCAUCUCAUCAACUGGCUGUACAAUUAAGUGAAGCCGUAAAACGUUUAAUAAUCACUAAGCGCGGUAGUUCAACACAUCCAUCAAGACCUUCAGAGCAAAGAACGGAGAGUGCUCCGCUGGAUGGUGCUGUUACCCCUUCGGAGAGACCUCAGAAUAACGAUCAAGAGAUUUUGACUUCUACCAUAAUUACCCUAGACAAAAAUAACGGCAACACUGGCGAGCACAACCCAGCCGACUUCCAGAGGACUUAUUGCGGUCAAGAUGAUAAAAACUCGCCAUUAAAUCAAGGACUCAAAGACUUUACUGAUGAGGAUGGGAAAGCAAGCCAAGAGUUUGUCCGUAGAUUACAGAAGUUAGAUGCCUCUAACUCACGGAGCGAACUAUGCAUUGCCAGAUACAUUGUUGCUGCCCACAAGGAACAUUUUAAUCAGGUCCGAAAGGGUACAUUAGCCUUGGCAAGAACAAGAUACGCCUCUUCUCCGACACUCUCAGUCACUUCCAUCAUCCCGAGAACGAUGCUAGGCGGAGGAAUCAGUUCUCCCACCAAUGGUCUUCACGAUAUUUCUGAUCAAGUUAAAAACGAAAAAAGUGACACACUUGAUGUGACAGCCGCAUUAAGUAUGAAUCUAUGGCAGAUAAGACUGCAGAGACGGGUUUUCGGUUGGCCGAUCUACACGAUUUUGCUGGCCAUUGGUCAAAUUCUCGGCGCGACUAGUUUUCAACUUUCUCUUCUGAGUGGAACUAGCUCAAACGGUAGCUUUGACUUUUACGUGAUCGGCGCUGUCAAUAUUCUGGGAUCUGCCUCGUGGUAUGGAUUGAGUCGUAGAAAACCCUCGACCUGGUCCCUUUCUUUGCCGUGGAUUUUCUUCGGUUUAGCAUUUAUCUUCAUUGGUUUACCAUCACUUUCUGAUAAUCUCAAACAAUAUUCUCGUCGCCAUCCAUUGGCAGUGGCUGCCUCCGGUUUCUACUCUUUUGCCUCAUCCGCAGGUUUCUUAUUCUUCAGCUCCAACUUCGGUGAAGAAGCUGGGGGUACAACGGACUCAUGGGUCAGAAGAGCAUGCAUUGUUCAAGGUACACAACAAGUCUGGGUCGGCGCCCUGUGGUAUUGGGGAUUCAAACUCCAAAACGUGGAUCCGACGAAUGCUGCAUUGGCGCCCCCUGGCUGGAUCAACGCGAUAACUCUGAGCUUGGGAGCUGGAUGUUUCUUCAUUGCAUACAUACUUUUUACUGGUCUGCCCAAGUAUUACAGAAACGUGCCUGGAACAGUUCCCAACUUUACAAGAGCACUUUUCAGAAGAAAGCUAGUCCUUUGGUAUUUGGCCGCGGAGAUCUUGCGCAACUAUUGGCUAUCUGGUCCUUAUGGCCGCAACUGGAAUUUUCUGUGGACAAGAGAGACCUCAUUCGGAAUCACACUGUUCUUACUUCUCUUCUUUUUCGUCGGGGUUUGGGGGGCAGCGAUCUGGGGACUCAGCCGUGCAUCCAAAUCACAUACAUGGAUUGUUGCCAUUUUUGCGAUAGGCCUUGGAGCGCCCCGGUGGUGUCAGAUGCUAUGGGGUACAAGUAGUGUGGCUUCUUACAUCUCUUGGGGAGGGUCUGCUGGAUCGCACAUUGCAACUUCUUUAUGGCUAUGGCUGGGUGUUUUGGAUGCAGUUCAAGGCGUAGGCUUAGGAAUGAUCUUGCUUCAAACGCUUAGCAGGGUUCAUGUCGCGGCGACCUUAUGUCUUGCGCAAAUAAUCGGCUCGACAGCGGUCCUUGUCGCCCGAGCGACAGCGCCGGAUCGAAUCGGACCUGGGGGCGUUUUCCCUGACCUUGCCCUGUGGAAUCCAAAAUUUUCUUACCUCGAUUCCCCCCUGGCAAAUUGGCAGUUCUGGAUCGCGUUGAUUUGCCAACUCAUCAUUGUGACGGGCUAUUUCGUAUUAUUCAGAAGAGAACAACUCUCAAAGCCAUAG